AUGCGAGAGAUACACGCCGAAUCUGUUAGGAUUGCGGAAGACGACGAGCUGGAAGCAGUUAUCACACAUACGCUUCAGCUUGUUGCCCUGCAGAACGGUGUUGCUAAUUGCUCACGGCAUGCACUCGGGUGCAUGGUGCGUGCUGUCCACGAAAGGCACGUUGACGACGAGGGAAACGAAGAGAAAAGGAUAGGGGCAACAUUGGACCAGCUGCAAGGUGACCUCAAUGACGCGCAGUACGUCCUGUAUGGAGCGUCGCUGGAGAAAUGUGGGUGCGACGAAUGCACUGCAUGCAUGCAGUUCGACGAAAUGUACAAUGAGUGAGUAUAUAACAAAAUUGAGUAGGGGCAGCAAAACAAAAAGUAAUAAUUAGGGACAAAACAAAAUUAUUGAUUAGGAAUAAAUAGAACAUUAAUUAGGAACAAAACAAAGUUGAUAGGGAACGAUACAAAUAUGGAUUAGGAACAACUUUUUGGAAUCACGGUUUGAAACAGCUACUUCGACUAGGUUUUCCGGACAGUAAUGCAUAAUGGUCAGAACGUUCACUAUGUAAUGACAACGUGCUCACCAUCAUAUUUUGUAUUUUCCACAGAUUUUAUGAUCAACUGGAAGAGAACGGCAAAGUCUCCAAUGCACAGCCUCCGAGUAUCGAGGAUCGCCCAUUGCAUUGCGUGGACAAUGAGAUGAUGGCUCUGAACGUGAAGUCCAAGUUCGCCGGCUUGAGUUCGUCCUCGUUAGAAAACACAUAUUAUUUUGCACAAUUGACCACGGCCAUGUCCCCACCCACCAUAUCAACAGCCACACCAACGGUAGUAAUGGGCACAACCACCAAAUAUUUGGCGCCGUACCUGCGGAACAGGAAAUUGCAAGAUCCCCUGCCGAAGUGCUGGAAAACCAACGAGCCUGUGCCCCCAGCCGAACGACUGGUGAAGCUGUCAAGCUGUAUAAGAAUUGCGUUCACUUCUAUGGUGGGGAUUCGUGUGAUAUCUUUAACAGCAACCAAAGUGACAAACGUCUGGUUAUCCUCGCCGAGCCGCAAAUUGGCUGUCCGUACCUGGGACAACGAUGCACCAGAGAUGGCGUUCGCGGUCCGCUUUUACAAACAAUACCCAACUUCUACAGCAAUGCAUCACAUUAUAACCAGGCAUAUUGGCUUAGAGUCGUUGCGGGCAGUCCGUCAGAUGGUGUUCGAGGCGAAAGAGGUAUAUAAAUAUAUACAUAAUUCGGGGUUUACUUUAUCUUUACUUGCAAUCUAA